CCGGCUUACACGCCAGAGGGAAUGAAUCUGGGGCCACCUGGGAAAGCAGGAGGAGGAGGAGGUACGGUGAUCGAUACGAGCACUUCACCCAUUCCGCUCGGUCCGAAGCAAGGUAUGGCAGCAGCCCGUAGUCCAAUACUGAAACCAUCAUCAGGAGAUCUGCAAAAGAGUGGCAGUGGUGGUGGGGGAAUGAAAAAGAAACCAACACCGGCUCCUCGUGGCACCGGUGGUCAAUCAUCGAGCGAAAAGCGAUCAUCCGGAUCGGUCAGUGAUGGAGAUGAUGAAACUUCACCAGAAGGAGACAACAUCGAAGGAGGAAAAAGGUCACGCAACACACCGACCAACUCGAACGAAUCGUGGGCCGUCUUUGAUCAACCGGAACCGCCGUUGCCUCCGCAUUCCUCGAAACGGCAGGAACUGCGCCAUGAAUCACGCCACGAAACAGCAAGAAGAGGCGAUAAGAAUGGUCCGGAUUCACCGUGCUCGUCGGAUCCGAAGGACGAGUGGACGAAGGCAGCCGAUUUGCGUGAAUACGGUCGACGGUGGCCUUCGAAGGGAGGUCACACAUCGUCAUCGUCGCGUGACGUGAGCCCAUGGGACGAGGAAGGGCCCGACUUCCGGAAGAGGCACCAGCUGCACGGUUCGCAAUCAUCGCAACCACCACUGCCACCGUCGCAUCAUCACCAGCAGCAGCAGCAGCAGCAUCACCAUCACCAUCAUCCAACAUCCGGUGAACGGUAUCACCAUCCACGGAUGCCACCACGGCGUAUCAAUUCCAAUGACGAGGACUACGAGGAUGAGCUGAUGAAGGAACAGCAGCAGCGGGGUAUGCGACGGCGUGGCAUGAAGGGUGGCGUUGGUUCGAGGAGCCGGGAUAACUUCGACGAUGAGCACUGGUACCACGAUCAUCAUCAUGCGACAACCUGGUCUUCGCCGACCGAGGAUGACGAAUCACGGGCGCACGCCGGUUCACGAUCGUUCGAUCGGAACGCAUACGAGCGCAGUACGUAUGGGCCACCGUAUGAAAAGCGGGAACCGAAGAGCCUACCACCGUACGAUCGACGCGAUUACAAGAGCUACGCUGAUGGCGGUAAGCGGAAGUAUUACCGCGAGCGGGAGCAAUCACGUGGCCGCUCGAGCUACGACUACGAUCCGUACGCUGGUGGUGAUGGAGGCUACGGUGGUGGUGGUGGUCGGGGCCGUGUGGACUACGAAGAUACGUACGGGUGCCGAGGCGAUGCUCGAGAGGCUCGCGAAUACUUCUAUGAUCGCGAGCGGAAGAGUUUCGAUCGCGAGAGCAACGAAUCGUACGAUAGCCGUGAGCGAAGGAGCGGUUUCGGUAGCGGUGAUCUGUACGGAAGCUUGGACAGUCGGGCCGAGUAUCGAGAGCAGCGGGAUCGAGAUCGCGAUCGCUAUUUAUCGCUCGAUAAGGGUCGCUCGCUGCGGCGCGGUAUGCGUAAUGCUGGUAGCGCUCGGUUGGAUCAGGAACUCGAUCAAGACUCGGAAGGAGAUCUGAUGGGUGGCGGUGGUAUGAUGGGAGGUCGUUCGUCGACCGGUGGUGGUGGUAUCCGUGGGCCCGAUGGCGGUGUCAACAGCUUGCAUCGUUCUAGUCAAAACAUUGGGCGCAUGGGGGGCGGCAAACACGGUCACGGUGGGCCACAGCAGCAACAGCAGAUGCUGAUGGAUGACGAUGUCUGGGGUGUGGCCGCCAAGGGUGCUGGGGCCCCGUGGAAGAGACCAUCCAGUGCGACGGAACAGGACAGGCGAUACGAUGGUGGUGGUGGGGGACGACGCAGCGGACCAUCUGUUGGUGUCGGGUCCUCCAAUCCGAUCGGUUCGGAUGGUGAGAAAGAUCGACGAUUCCGGAAGAAGAGCCGCUCACGAACGUCAGUCGGCGAUCGGAAGGAUCUGGAGCUGCGAUCCUCUAACUACGCCACCAUGCGAUAUCCACUGCGCCCGAAGGAGGACUACUUCGACUUCGAUGCCGUCGAAGGAAGCGGUGGUGGUGGUGGUGGCCCUGGCCAUGGUAGUGGACGACGUAACAGUGCCGGUAUGGCCGCCCUCGAUGAUGACGAUGACGACGAUGAGGAGGACGAAGAGGAAGAGGAAGAUGAUGGUGGUGGUAGACCAUCGGGCGCUAGUAGAACCACAGGAGGCGGCGGAAUGCUUAUGGAUGAUUCGCUCGAUGACAGCCCAGCCUACUAUGGUCGGCGACAAGCACCACCACAGUCGUCGUCGGGAUACUACGGCAAAUCGUCUUCAUUGGCAUCAAGACACGCGGAGCAAGCGGGUGGACGUGGUGGCCUUAUGAACCCGGCCGAAGCAUUGAUCGCUCAGGAAGCGAAAAAGAUGUCGCGGUACGAGUACGAAGAGGAGGCACAGCGGCGAAUGAAAAAGAGCAACAGCCGUGAUCUGUACUUCGAGGGUCCCGAGAGAGGAUAUGGAGGCAGUGUAACGCCACCCAAGGCUACGGCACCCAGCUCCGGUGGCAGCAAGCAUC